AACGCACACGAGGGAAGGGGAUCUCUGGGAAGUGGUGCUCAUGGCAACCAACAUAAACACGUUUCUGACAGUAGCUUGCACAAAACGGGGUGCAAAGCCCAAGGAAAGUUGCUGCUAUGGCUUUCUGUGAGGACCAGUACUAUGAAAGAAUUGGAUCUAUUCAACAAAACAUCCACGAAAGGCAAAAGAGAAGACUUGAGUUGGAGAAGGAGUUGUUUGCUUAUUGCAGAUCUGACAAGAGAGUGUUUCAGAUAAAGUGUACAAAACUUCGUGGUUAUCUCAAGGAAAUCUGUGAGAGAGAACAACAAGCAAAAAUGAGAAACCGUGAGCUCUUGAGAGAUGUGGAGUUAAUGGAAAUGAGCAUGAAGGAACUCUACCCUGACAGAAACCCUCUGCGUCAACACAAGGUUGAAUGCUUGAAUAGAAUUUCCAGAUUUAUGGCAACAGGGCAGAAGAUAAAAACGACAGCUCUGGAAACGGACAAGGGAGAUGUUUUACAUGGACCUCAUCAGGGGGAGUCCCUCCCAUCCCAAGACAGAGGCUUAAACCGACCAUCUGCAGUCUCCAUGGGUCCUCAGACCUCCAGAGGCCCCACGACUGAAGACGCCACCAGAAGUGUGCGCUUGCAACGCGCAGGGCGCCAUUCGCCCAGCCAUGGCUCACGCGCCUCGGAGCGCUCCCAAAGGGACGUUUUGAGGGACUCCAAAGUCUCCAGAGAGGUUGUUGCCUGCAGCGGAGCGCGUUUAUCAGAUGACAUUUCGGGCUCAGACGAUUCCCCCGGCGGCAGUAAUUUGAGUGACGAACAUCAAAGGAUGGCGGCAAUGGUUCCAUCUUUUCGCGCCUUAACAGUCAGCGCUUGUGUGCCUUUUGGAGGCGAUGAACAACCACCUACACUUGGAGUGACCUUGACAAGGCCUAAGAUGAAUGGCCCAUUGGCCAGCACCAACAGCCGUAUGUGUGACAGGAAUUCACCUGCAGAAUCCACUCAGGAUAGAGGGCUUUCCCAUCAGCACUGCAUAAAGGAAGAAGCGGGGAGAGUUCUGCAAAGAUCAUCGCCUCAAACUGACUUGGAAAACAAAUCUGAAGAUGUGCCAGAGGAGAAUGAAAGCCUCAGUUUAUCAAGUUCCAGUGUGGAGUUGUCAGCGACGAGCAGUGGUGAUGACCUGUCCAUCUCCCUGGCUGAAGUACCAGAUAAGGUGGUUUACGUGGACUUCCCCACCAGGAGGACCGACAGCCCACCAGGCCCAUUACAGAGGAAUGCAACACCCGAGGAAAGCAUCAGCCGACAUAGUCAAGAACCUCUUGACGAUUCAGAUUCUAUGAACAGACAAGAAUCGAGUAGAGAAUCUACAUCUCCAGAAAUGCCAGCGCAGAGGCUGUCAGUGGAGGGCUUCCUCCAUCUACUGGACAGCAUUGAGGAACGUAUCCACAAAGGAGAAAGAAGUGUGUACUUGGUCUCAUCAGUUGGUGAUGGCAAACUCAAUAAAGCAAUCAGCCUUUGUAAUGCCAGGGCAGGCUUGAAUGGAGAGGACCUUGAUGCGUGUGGAGCAGUCGUCCUUCAUCAGCUUCAGAGGUUGUCAUGGAGCACCUCAAAGGGAUGCCUGUUAACCGAAGAGAUAGUUAGCGCUAACUGGUCCACCAGUGAGCCCAGGAAAAUAAGCUCCAGUGUGGCCCCUGAUGCUGCUCCUCUGUGGGAUCGCUGGUUCAAGCACGCGCUUUUUCUGAAGCACCACCGUGUCCUCACCAACGACCGCCUCGUUCAGCUGUUCACUCCACUGCUUCUGCCGUGCAACGCCUCCUAUUGCGCCAAGGCCAAAGUGCUGCUGAGGACACUUCUGUCCCAGGGGAGUGAGGAGUGCCCCACUGUGGAGAGCGAGACGCCGUCCAGUGUCCUGCCGUCACUCCUUGACGACCGCACUGCAGAGACCCAACCAGCCAGACCUGCUGAGGAGCAGCACACUGCAGGGAUGCAAAGUUGUUAUGGACUACAAAGUGGUGAAGAGGACAGCCAGGACCAAAGUAUUCCUAUUAGAGAGACAAAAGCCUAUCAGCUGCUUAAACAGUCUGCCACACAGCAGAGGCCGGAGGAGAUCUGUGACGAGGAGGAGGAUGAGGAGCUGUCAGGAACAAAUGAUGUCUAUGAAGAGGAUGCUGGGAGGGUUGAGCGCUCCUCUCAUCAAGACCCUUACGCUUGGAGAGAAAAUAAACAAAUCCAAAGCUACUCUGCAGUACAGUCUAAAGCUUUUUGGGGAGAAUCUGACGACAGCAACUCAGAGAUAGAAGCUGCCUUACGUCCUAAGCCCUACAGUACGAACAAUGACGACUCUGAUGAUUUUUAUGACUGACAGGCCUGAGAAAAGGAAUCUCCAUACCGUAUUUUUCCCCAUCUGUAACCCUUAGCUGACUCUUUCCACAUUAUAAAUUCUAUGCAUACUGUACCAUUAAAAAAAUAAUAAUAACCUGAUGCCUCUUUAACUGUGGUUAAAGUGUGUGAAGAGUUUUCAAACACACAGAUGUUAACCUUGUUUCAGUCUCUCCAUCUGAACGACUCUUAGAACUCAUAAUAACAGCUUGAAAUAGAUUAAACUGGUCUUUUAAAGCGAUUUGUUUACACUAGGCUUGAAAUCAUGCAUUCGGAAUGCUGCAGUCCUCUCCGAGUGGAAUGCAUCUACUGUAGUGAUGUGAGUCACCUGUAAAAUGGCAAAGAACAAUGGCCACUCUGGAUGUUACAGAACGACCUGCACACCUGUUGAAGUGGCCCGUCACCCAGAAAGACAGACCUAUGAUGGAAACAUCUGAUCACAAUGUAUGUUUUUUGGAAAUGUUCAGUAAAGCUGAAGUUAUAUACGGCGAACAGCAGGCGUAUGCUUGUUUCCCCUUUUCAUUUCCCUGUGCCUUUUCGUUUUCAAAUGAUAAUGUAGUACAAUCGUGUUUGUGUUUUUGUGUAAAUGCUUUGUGAUCACCUCAUAGCGUGAGUGGACAGACUGUGCUUAUGCUCAUUAUUGUAUUUGAAGAAUAUGCAGUCUUUAUUGGUGUCAAUACGUGUAACUGACGGUGAAUAGUAAUUACACUGCUAAAACGUAGACCGAGCACCACGUAGAACAAUGAGCAAUAUCCAAGACCUUGCUCUCAUCUAGUCACACACUGCUUCAGCCCAUGUGCAUGGGUUUGCUCCACUGCACUCAGUUGUUGCAAAAAUGGACCCGUUAUGCCGUUUAUUUUCAGCAUCUCCGUCAUUUGGCUGAGUGUACCUUUAACAUGCUUGGGAAAUCAUGUGAUCAACACAUCAUCUCCCCAGACUGGCCCUAAACCUACUCUCAAGUUUUAUAAAUAACCCAUUACUUAUUUCUUGUAGGAGGUUGCUUUUUCGAUUCAUAUGAAUGUUAAACUGUAACAUUUGAAACGCCAUGUUAUGUUGUAAUAUUGUAAAAGCCCCUGGCAUUCAGUAUAUUGGUAGGAUUCCAUUAGUCAGCUUUUAGGUGACUUUAUAUGCCUGAACCUUGUAAAGUAGGACUCCACACUCAUUACCAGUAAUGGCUUCAGCCAGCCCUGACCUCGCACAGGAAGGGAAUGUAGCGGAAUCAUUUAGAGUUUGCUAAAAGGCUCCCUAACAUAAUAUCCAUGUUAAGGAGCAUGUCAACAGAUACUCGUGUGUGUGGCAGAUAGAUCUGUGAGAGUGGAGGUGUAUUGUACUAAUACGUAACAACACAAUAAACAUUUUUUAAGAGAA